AUGAGUAUUGCCUGUUCGAUCUCAAUAUUUUUAGCUGCUAGCGGUCGCUACGAUGCCUCGUUCAAGCUCGCGAAACGAAAUAUCAAGCUCACCGAUGAUGUAUGCGUGCUACGGCUAAUUCACCAAGGGGACGAGAGUGCUCAAGAGGACUCUUUCCGGGAUAGCGUACGGGCGCGAGACGGCAGCGCGUCUAUCAACUCCAUCCAGAAUGGCAUAUUGCUUAGUGCAAGCAUGCAUCGAUUAUUUGAUAUCUAUUUCGUAGGUGUGAACCCCGAUGAUAACUACAAAAUCACUCACUUCAGUUACGACAACUGGAGUGUUGACAACCGAGUGUUAGAGGAUGUAUGCCGCAAGGAGGGCAGUCCCGAUCGCGUUGCAGAUGAAUUACUCCGUUGGCACUUUCGCCAGUGUGUGCUAGCCAACAUGAAAGGGGAUGGCGAACCAGUCUUCGAACACGACUUGGGCACGGAUAUGAUCGGAGAGAUCCUCCGGGGGCCGUAUCCCGCAGAGCGUAUGGAAAUGGAGCUCUAUUCCCGGCUUCGGGGUUUGCAGGAUAAACCCUCAUGA